UGUGGCUUUCAGUUCAAAUUUGACUAGCAGCAGGCAACUCCUUGUGUAAGACAAUCCAAAUUUUUGAUCCAAAUCAUCAAAAAAUUCAACAGUAAAAUGUGGGAAAUACGCCAAGAAAUUGAUUUAGAAACAUCGGUAAAGAUAUCACCGUUCUGCUAUAAUUGGCAAUCGGUUUGCUGGUUUAUGCUCAAGGGCCUUGACUUGUGGAGAUUCUUAGUAUGGGAUCGAUCCGCGACUUACCUGGUGAUUCUUACGAUUUUCCUGAUAGGACUCUCUUAUAUGGCAUUUAAAUCAUUCAAGCGCCGGUGGAAUGAAGUGCCCAUGUCGGAGAUCCAAUCACUGAGAGAUCGUGUUCAGUUCGUAAGCCAGGAUAUGGUCAUGUUGCAAGAUGCCCUCAAUGCGGCUAUAGGGCCCCAGCUUCUGGAAACUAAUUCUGAAGAGGUUGUAAACAAUGUAAUUGGUGCCUUGUAUGAGAGCGAGACCAAAAAAGAACGAGAUAGUUCUCCAGGACCUAAGGAUCGAGAAACGAUUGUUGAACCAACUUCUGCAGACCAAGAGAAUAAUGAACCGGAUCCCGAGAUUCCAGAACCUGAGAUUCCGUUACCUAAGCCUCAAGAAGUUCCUUUGGUGAAACAUAGGGUGCACUUUGAAGAGAAUUCCCUAGUGACGCAACCUUGUGUCCUGAAGAAGCCCAUUAUAAAACCAAAACCCAAACGGAAGAUAUCCAAGAAUACACAUGACUUAAAAGAUAACUUAGACGUGCCAAGAGCCUUUAAUCAGAGCAAUAUGCGUAAACGUGCAAUUAUGUCAGUCCCGACUCCAGGAUGGAAAAUAUAAAUUACUUUUUAUGCUUGUCAUAGAAAAGUAAACAGAUGCACCUUGUUAAAUAAAAUGAUUUGUAAUUUUUUGGUAUCAUGACAUCCUUAAA